CUGACGCGAAGCAGCAUCAUCUUUGUGCACGGCUUGCGAGGGCAUCCGCAACACACAUGGGAGGACAACCGGGGCAGGGGCAGUGUGCACAGGGGCAGCGUGGAGAGAGGCAACAAGAACGCGGGAACGGCGACGUCACGUAAACGAAGUAUCUUGAAGUCCCUCUUUAAGUCCAAACCAUCGUCCUCAGCCUCAAUUUCGACCACGACCUCGACUGCCGACAGUAAUACGACCGAAGAGAGCCCUAACAAGCUGUUCUGGCCCGAUGAGUACCUUACACAAGACAUUCCCGAGGCGAGAGUAUGGACAUAUGGUUAUAAUGCAGAGGUAAUCGGCGGGUUGUUCCAGGCGAACAACAAGAACAGCGUCCUUGGUGGCAUUAUCGUCAAAGAUGCGAUACGCCGAUCGGAUGCGUGUCGUGCGCGAACGAAACUAAUCGUCUUCCUUGGCACGCCUCAUCGAGGGAGUGCGUUUGCAGAAUGGGGCGACAUCGCGUCGAAUCUAGCUCUUCUAGGACUGCAAGAUUCAAACAAGAAGAUCAUCACGACGCUGGAGGUGAAUAGCGAGGUCUUGGACAAUAUCCACGAGGAGUUUAAGACUAUCGCGGACCAGUCUCAAAUUCGGAUCCACUCGUUUCAGGAGGCACGGGGAAUAUCAGGCAUGAAGGGCUUGCACAAUAAGGUACUUUGCCAGCACAUCUUGAACGUCCUUCUGAGUGUUAAUCGUAAACUCACGGCAGGUUGUAGACGAUUUCUCCUCGAAGCUCGAUCUGCCGCGAUCUCUCGAGACUGUCGAGAGUAUCGACGCAAACCACAUACAGAUGGCCAGGUGUAG